ACUCCCACCAACCCAACCUUGUAAUCAUGACCGUUUCUCACAGCUCUCAACUUUUGAUUUUGCACCCUGCAGUUGAAAUCAGCUCUCCAACGAUUAGCAGCCAUAAUACGAUCGUAUGAUAUGAUCGUAUGCCCUUGCCAUUACAACCAUCUCCAUAAGUGUCAUCGCAGGCAGUAUCGUAUCAGACAUUCAUUUUGACAACCUGACCUUGGGACCAGGUCGCACAUCCGCUUCCAAUACAACCCUCGUUUUCUCAGGUUAGGGAUCUUGUAGUGACCAUGAUUGCCACCCAAAUCUCCGAUAUCUCCGAACCUCCCGUGCCACACAGCUCUGUUUCGGCAGAUCUGUCGGCCAACCAGGCUGGUGAAUCUUUGGCGGUGCCGCUCAAUGAGACCGGAACCCCCAGCACUCGGACCAAGCUGCGAUUAUACGGUAUCCUAGCUUCGCUCUAUCUUGCCCUAUUCUUAGCUGCGCUUGAUACAACCGUUGUCGCGCAGUCGAUUCCAACGAUAUGCAAUGAGCUGCACUCAGCGGCGGGCUAUGUAUGGAUUGGCGGAGCCUAUCUACUCGCAAACGCCGCCACAGGCCCAAUCUGGUCCAAAUUCAGUGACAUUUGGGGCCGCAAGCCGAUCUUCUUGGCAGCUAUCGCCUUGUUUAUAGGUGCAAGCAUCCUCGCAGCACUGAGCAAAGCUAUCUUUGAGCUGCUCAUAGCUCGAACGGUGCAGGGAGUAGCUGCUGGCGGCAUGAUUAUACUAUCGGUUACAAUCAUCUCCGACAUCUUCAGCGUGCGUGAGCGAUCAUUUUACCUGGGUCUCACAGGCUUCGUGUGGGCUAUAGCUGGAUCCGCAGGACCACUAAUCGGCGGUGCCUUCACAGAAUUCGUGAGCUGGCGCUGGUGCUUCUGGAUCAACCUCCCUAUAUGUGGUAUCACCUUUGGCCUUGCGCUUCUAUUAUUAGACGUUAAUAAUCCGCGCACAAAUCUCGUCGAAGGCCUCAAGGCUGUCGAUUGGCUUGGGACUGUCCUCAUUCUGGCUGUCACGAUCCUGACCCUGGUUGGUUUGAACUUCGGCGGGUCAGCAUUUCCCUGGAACAGCUCAACAGUCAUUACCUUGAUCGUGGUCGGGGGAGCAACGACCGGCCUUUUCCUCUUCGUCGAGCAUCGCUUAGCCAAGUACCCUCUCAUACCGCUAGGUGUGUUUAAAAGCAUAAGCAAUAACGCUACUUUCAUCAUAGUCUUUUCGCAUGGAGCUGUUCUUGUCGGCACAGAUUAUUACAUGCCCUUGUACCUUCAGAGCGUCCAGCAAGCAUCACCCAUUCGGAGUGGCGUAUUGAUGCUACCUUUGAUUAUAGUAACAGCUGUCGUCGAAAUCCUGUCGGGCUGGGCCAUUGAACGUACAGGACGCUAUAUCGAAUUCCUCUGGGCCGGAUCGAUAUUUAUGACAUUGGGCGCCGGGCUAUUCAUACUCCUAGGAGCUGACACAACCACAGCGAUGGUAGUGGGAUUAGAAAUCAUCAGUGCCCUCGGCCGCGCGAUGCUUUUCCAAGCGCCAGUGGCGGCUAUCCAAAGCGGCGUCAGCCAGGAAGAUACUGCAGCAGCCACGGCCACUUUGUUGUUUCUUCGGAGUAUUGGCAUGUCACUGUCUAUUGUAAUUGGUGGUGUGGUAUUUCAGAACAGCAUGAACGCUCGCCACUCGACCCUUGUAAUGGCCGGCCUUGACGAGUCCGUCCUGGAGGCUUUGUCGGGUAGUAAUGCAGCGGCAAAUGUAUACAUCACACGGACGAUACAGGACACUUCGCAGCGACGAGUGAUCAUAGAGGCCUUCGCCUGGAGUGUGAAAAAUAUGUUCAUCCUGUAUACAGCCUUCUCGGCCACUACCGUGGUGGCCAGUGUCUUCGUCAAGCAUAAUAACUUGGCUACGGAACACAAAGAGACGAAGACUGGGUUGGGGCAUUUGAAGAUGUCAGAACGCUCUGAAUAGUCAUUUGAGUGAGAGCUAGGGCAAAAUGUAGAAACGCACCAAAGAGUCACCACGACACGAGCUGGGCAUCUGGUAUAUUUAAUAGAAGUGUUUUUUACUUUUGCGCAAGCUAGCUUCUUUUCAUCCUCUUUUACUCUUUCUCUUGAGUGGUCCACACUAACUACCAGGGGCAGAAAUAUUGUACUUUUACGUACUGCCUACAUCUGCGUCUUCUAUCAGGGCCUGGAGGACGGACAACACUACAACACUAGGUUGUGUGUUGAGAGCACCAUGCAAAGGGAUUCAAAAACAUCCAGAUUGACGAGUUUUUUUUUGACACGGAAUAAAUGACGCGGUUAAUCCCGUGCAAGAUUAACGACCUUGAUAUGGGAUAUUACCCAU